CAGGGGAGCAAAUUGUUGUCACGUCGUGGAAAGAUGAGAAAAAUCCAUCAUUGGGAAGGUUUAGCUCUGCUGUGGUGGAUCGUCAUGAACUUUUACAAGUACUUAUUUUGAAUGGCUCGUCGAAGCAUUUCAGAUCAGGGCAGUGGAACCGGAGAAGUUUCAUAGGAGUGCCUAGCAUGACUAAAGACCACCACAAUGGUUUUCAACUACUUACAGAUAAUAAUGGGGAGGAACUUUAUUUUUCUUAUGCUAUACUUAAUUACUCAGCUCCAACAUUGAUAUACUUUGAUUCCUACGGAGCAAUAAUUCAAAUAGAUUGGGAUGCAGAUGAGAAUAAAUGGUUAAGGGUACAGGUAGUACCUAAAGGUCAAUGUGACUUGUAUAACACAUGUGGUGCUUUUGGAAGUUGCAAGAAUAAUGAUUCACAAAUAUGCAAAUGUUUGAAGGGUUAUGAACCUAAGUCUAUUGGUGAAUAGAACGAGGGGAAUCGGACUAGUGGUUGUGUCCGGAGAGCACAAUUCCAGUGCGAGGAGACGAUCACUAGUCCAAAUUCUGAUGACGAGAGAAAUAAGGGGGAUGUGUUUUUAUCGGUUUCAGAGAUGAAACUACCAGAUUUCUCACAUUACCUACUUGGGAUAAAAUGGAAUGCGAAAAUUCUUUCUUGAAGAAUUGUUCUUGUUUGGCAUAUGCUUAUGAGGAUGGAAUAGGAUGCAUGAUUUGGGGAAAAGAACUUAUUGACCUCCAAGAGUUUUCCCAUGGUGGAGAGCAACUAUACAUUCGCCUCGCACAUUCCCAGCUUGGUAGAUACAGAUACACCAAUUCUACAUUGCUCGGACACUCCAAAAUAUGUUGUUGCACCAGCAUCAGAUCCUCCAGAAAAGCACUAUUAUUAGAGGAUCCGGCAUGCACCCAACAAUAAGAGGAGGCUAAUGGGAGCCCGUAUUGCAAUUAUUGUCUCAGCGACAUUCAGCCUAAUUCUUAUUGUUUGCACUAUAUAUGUAUUGAAGAUCAGGAAAAAAGGCAUUGGGAGUUUAAUCCCUUUUCGCAUAGCUUCAAAACACUCUUCAGCAGAAAAUUUGCUUCAUAACAGUUCAGAAUUACCAGUUUUCAGCUUCAAGUGUAUAGAAACUGCUACUAACUUUUGCUAUCGAAAUAAAUUUGGAGAGGGGGUAUUUGGACCUGUUUACAAGGGGGUAUUAUCAAAUGGACAAGAGGUUGCGAUUAAAAGACUUUUGAGGAGCUCAGGACAAGGCAUAGAAGAGUUCAAGAAUGAGGUUACACUAAUUUCAAGACUUCAACACAGAAACUUAGUCAAACUGAUGGAAUUUUGCAUUCACUGGGAGGAAAAGUUGCUGAUCUAUGAAUACAUGUCCAACAGAAGCUACGUUUUCAUAUUCGGAUCAAGAUCUACGACGUUGAGUUGGAUCGAAUCAACGAUAUAGCAUCAUUGAAGGGAUAGCUAGAGGGCUUCUUUAUCUGCAUCGUGAUUCACGACUAAAAAUCAUUCACAGAGAUCUUAAGACAAGCAAUAUUCUCUAGAUGAAGAUAUGAAUCCCAAAAUCUCAGAUUUUGGAAUGGCUAGGAUUUUUGGAGGGAAUCAAACUAUAGCAAAUACCAAGAAGAUUGCCGGUACCUAUGGUUACAUGUCCCCUGAAUAUGCAAUACAAGGAAUUUUUUCCGAGAAGUUGGAUGUCUUCAGCUUUGGUGU